CAAGAAACAGACCAAAUUGAAAACGCUAUUCUACUUGGAUAUAUGCCCAAGCAUGAAUACAUGUCUCCUUCCAAAGAACAUGAUUUAAACACACUGGAUGUCACCACAGUUGAUCAGUCUGGACCUAUUGUACGAGGAGAACCUACUGUUUUGAAUAAGAUCAAGGGAUUUUUAGCCAAGGCUGGAAAAACAAGUAAAAUGUUGAAGGUCAAGGGGAAGAAAAUUGAAGGUUCCGGUCACAAGAAUCACAUCAUGAAUAGCAAAAAUACCAAGAAUAAUGAAAGUUCCAAUUCUGAUCCAUUAUUUAAAAUAUCACAUGUGCUGUUGGGGUCUGCAGAAGAUAAUACUUGUGCAGCCUGCCUGGAGGAAUUCCAGGGUCCUCAAAAAGAUGCCAAGAAUAUGUUUUCCGUUUUCUCCUUUGAAAAGGUUCUUAUGAUUAAGGGAUGUGAACAUUACUUCCAUCAUCAUUGCCUCCAAAAGUGGAUACUUGGUGAGUUCUUGGGUUAA